CCCGGGGGGGGGGGGGGUACAGGGCCUUGAGUUGGGUGCUGGGAGUUUCCACGCUGUUUUACUCGGCUAAGGGAGAAGGGGACAAGGGACAUCACACCCCUGGCCCGAGCUGGUCGUCGCCGAUCUUCUUUGCGCUGGACCGCUGUGAAAUCAAAGCAAGGUGUCUACUUCCAAACUGCAGCGAUAGGAUGUAAUCCAGACCUGCACCUUCUUCAAGGGAGAGAUGAGGAAGACCAGAGGGGUGACAGAUGCCAGGAGCCGCAGCAUGCCACUCCACGGGGAGAAGCAGCACACCACUGAGGACCAGCCCAGCGACUCCGAGGACUCCGACUCCCCGCGCUGCUCCGAGAGCCUGGCUUCCCUCAGCGACUGCGAGUGCUCGCGGCAGCGCUUCUCCAGCGACUCGUCCAGCAAGGCCAGCUCUCCUGCCUCAUCCAGCCCGCCCGGCGUUGUGACCUUUGAUGAGGUCAUGGGUGCAGCCAGGAACUUAUCCAACAUGGCCCUGGCCCAUGAGAUCGCUGUCAAUGACAACUUUCAGCUGAAGCAAGAGGACCUCCCGGAGCACAGCUUGGCAGGGCGGGUGAAGAGCAUCGUGCACCAGGCCUUCUGGGACGUCCUGGAAUCGGAGCUGAGCGCCGAGCCCCCCGAGUAUGAACACGCCAUCAGGCUAUUUGAGGAGAUCAGAGAGAUCCUCCUCUCUUUCCUCACUCCGGGUGGGAACCGGCUCCGCACCCAGAUCUGUGAGGUGCUGGACACGGACCUCAUCAGACAGCAGGCUGCGCACGGUGCCGUGGAUGUCCCAGGCCUGGCCGCCUAUGUCAUCGGCAUGAUGGGCAAGCUGUGUGCGCCCGUGCGGGACCAGGACAUCCGGGAGCUGAAGGCCACUGGCAGCAUCGUGGCCAUGCUGAGACAGAUAUUCCACGUGCUGGACCUCAUGAUGAUGGACAUGGCCAAUUUCAUGAUUCAGAGUCUGCGCCCGCAUCUGCAGCGCCAGCUGGUGGACUACGAGAGAGCCAAGUUCCAGGAAAUUUUAGAUGAAACUCCAAGUGCGCUCAAGCAGACGACAGAGUGGAUCCGAGAAUCUGUGCAGGAAGAGCUGCUUUCUCUAACUCCUGGGGCCGAAAAUAGCUCCGAGUCAAAGCUGAGCCCUCGCAUGGUGCUGCAUAACAGUUUCCUGAAGCUGCUGGAGUGGGAUUACCGGAAAAGGGACUUGCCCGAGACACUCCUGACCGACGGGGCUCGACUCCAGGAGCUGACAGCAAAGCUGCACCAGCUAAAGGCGAUUGCUUGCGUGUGGCUGAUCACCAGCAGCACUCUGGGCGCCCUAGCGGAAGGCCUGCCGGGGCUGGAGCAGAGGCUGAAGAGCGUGGCCACCGUGCUCCUGGAGGGCAUGCACAGGGAGACUUUUGACCUGCAGGAGGCGCUGAGUUCCAUCGGCGGCCAGACUUGUGCUGAGGUGAACAAGGCUCUGGCGGAGAGAAGCUUCCCUGCGUUGGGUGCGGAGGCUCAGGCUAACCUCGUAGGCCAGCUCGCCAGCCUCAGGGAUGAGAACAAUCCUAUCCGGUCCUUGGUCGAUAAACGGAUCCGGCUCUACAUGAGAAGCCUCCUUUGCCUUCCGGCCCCGCCCAAGUCCAUGCCCCCCAUCCCGGGCGGCCUGGCUGUCAUUCAGCAGGAGCUGGAAGCGCUGGGGACUCAGUACGCGACCAUCGUGAGCCUCAACACGCAGGUGUACGGGCCGUUCUAUGCAAACAUCCUACGCAAGCUGCUGUCCGGGGUGGGGGCCGGCCAGGGGGUGCGCGCCUCGCUCCCGGGCCCCUGAACAGGACU